GCUCGCCUUCCGAAGGCAAUUCACCUCAGGCAUCGUUUAGAAAUCCUCGGCAUGGAAGAAAACAACAAGCGCAGGGCCGCUGCUCCGCUGAAGGCCCGGGUGGCAAGCAUAUUCCUGGUCAUCAAUGCCUCUACUAUCCUCCUCCAUGUCGGACAUGGGUCAACCAGCCUACCGUCCUCUUCGAGCGAGGCCUGCGUCGAAGAGGCCGCCGCUUGCUACGACUCGGCCUUGUGCUGGGACUGUGUCGCGCAGUUCGCGGAAGACGGUGUCGACAGCUGCGGGGAGCGCUACCCCGCCAUGUCCAACUCCGGCGCCAGCGACUGCGACGUCGCGUCUGCCCUGUUCUGCUGCAGCUUCUACGUCAGCGGGCAAGACUGCCUGGAUGACGCGGUAACGAUGGAGUUCUUCCAGUGUGGGCUGGAAGAGAGCGGAUGCACCCUCUCCGACUCGGAUUGCUCUGCGGGCGACAGCAGUUCCACCCCUUCCGCCUCUGAUUCUGCCCCUGCCGCGUUGUCCACGUCGACUCCGGUUUCUCUCUUGCCUGGACCAACCCCGGCUCCAUACACUGCUGUUUCUUCCCCCCCUACACCUACCCCUUCCCCAUCCGCCGCAGCGACUCCGGCUACCAUGCAACCAGCCCUGCCAACAGUAUCCCAGACGGAUCCGCAGACACCAUCCCCCAAUGUGUCCUUCACACCAGCCCAAACUGCCACCUCCACAUCAUCACCGACUGCAUCGCCAACAGCGACGGCCUCCUUGGCCGCUCAGACGUCAAGACCAACGGCGAGCCCAGAAGCAGAGACCGCUGCUCCGGAUCAGACCUCCGGUACCAUGGCCCCGGCGUCGUCGGGCUCUGACGUACGAGAUCUGGGGUUUACACCAUCCCCUGCUAGUGGCUUGGUCGACGGCAGCGAUAUUGAUGGAAACGAGGUUACGGCCGCCCCCAGUUCUAGCGGCACUGGCCAGACGGAUGAUGAACCGAAUGAAGGCGUUGUCGAGAGUACGAGCGGAGCCGUGACGCGGAUACCGCUCGGAGGGAGGGGCGGCCUUGAAGGGCGUUGUGUUGUAUUGCUAGCGGUAGUUGGGGCUUGGGGCGCCGCUGCAGUGAUGGCGGUGUAAGGCGUGCGUGCUUUUCUUCAAAGCAUGGCAGGCUAGGGCUUGUCUGGUGCUUGUCCGGUCGCCUUGGUGACUUUGUUGUAUCCCUAGUUGUACGUUGCUGACGUUUCGAUGUGAGCUUUUACCUCGGCGAUGUCGUUAGCCCAGGGGUUGAACGUACAUGCGGGAAGCAAGUUUCAGCGACUUCACCCACCAUGUGCGAAUAAAUGUUGAACUUUACGGUCGACGAGGGAACGAAAUGGUUGAAUCUUUCUCGUCAGCAAUAGAGGCCGAAAAC